AUGAUAUUCUUAGGUAUUCGAUAUCGAAAUGAAUGUUCAAGUGAACCACAAUUAUCAAUUUAUCUUCUUAUAUUUGGAUCAAUAUGGUUAAUACUUUUUCUUUUAACUUUAAUUCGUUCUUAUUUAUCUCAUCGAUAUAUGGAUAUAUUAUUUAUGAUAAUUUGGUUUGCACUUUUAUUAUUAAUUAUUCCUGGUUAUAUAUUUAUAUUUAAUUUACGUACUAAAAUUCGAAUAUCACAGACUUAUCCAUAUGAAAUAUGUGAAAAAUAUUUUUAUGUUUAUUCAUCUGCAUUAAUUAUUCUUGUUCAUAUUCCACUUUAUAUAUUUUUAUGGAUAUCAUGGUCAUUAAUUCAUUCAAAUGGAUAUUUUCCAAAUCAACAAAGAUCAAUUAGAAUAUUUACAAUAACACCCACUUAA